AUGAUCGAGCCGACGGAGAGCGAGAGCAAGGAGGAGCUCGACAGGUUCGUCGAUGCGUUGAUCUCGAUUCGCGCCGAAAUCCGCGAGAUUGAAGAGGGCAAGCAGCCGCGCGAGGGCAAUGUGCUGAAGAUGGCGCCUCACCCUCAGGCGGACGUGAUCCUGGGUGACAAUGGCAAGUGGGAGCGGCCCUACUCGCGUGAGCAGGCGGCAUACCCCCUGCCGUGGCUCAAGGAGAAGAAGUUCUGGCCCAGCGUUGCGCGUGUCGACGAUGCCUUUGGUGACACGAACCUCUUCUGCACUUGCCCACCCGUCGCAGACACGACGGGCGAGCAGUCAUUUGGCGUGCAGGCGUAA